CGAUUGUUUUACAAUAGAGUUGCCACCCCUACCGCUCCGUCUCGUGUGCCUGUUAAAAAAUAUUAAAUAAUAUUAAACGAGAUAGAUUUAGGCGGAAAAAAGUGCGUAAAACAAGAACUGAAGGUUGUGCCAACGGCCAGAGACUCGAGUUUUGUGGCAGCAGUGCAAGAGCAGUCGGAUAAUAAGGAUUCAAGCUAGAGAGACACUGAGAAUGAAGCGCGAAAUGAUCGAUUCAGAGGAGGGACCACAGGACCAGAAGCGCAACCGCCGCACCGAGGAGACUGUUCGCAUACUUAUCCCCAGCAGUAUUGCGGGCGCUGUUAUUGGAAAGGGAGGACAACACAUCCAGAAGAUGCGUACUCAGUAUAAAGCCACUGUGUCCGUCGACGAUUCCCAAGGCCCCGAACGAACCAUCCAAAUAUCGGCGGAUAUCGAGUCCACUCUGGAGAUAAUCACAGAAAUGCUAAAGUACUUUGAGGAGCGCGAUGAGGACUUUGAUGUACGUCUACUGAUCCAUCAGAGCCUGGCCGGGUGCGUUAUCGGCAAAGGUGGCCAGAAAAUCAAGGAGAUUCGAGACCGCAUCGGUUGCCGCUUCCUGAAGGUCUUCUCCAAUGUGGCGCCACAGAGCACGGAUCGCGUCGUGCAGACCGUGGGCAAGCAGAGCCAGGUGAUCGAGGCGGUGCGCGAGGUGAUCACCCUCACCCGCGACACACCCAUCAGGGGCGCCAUACACAACUAUGACCCCAUGAACUUUGAUCGCGUCUACGCCGAUGAGUACGGCGGCUAUGGAACCGGAAGCGGAAGCACCCGACCCAGCCAGCGCGGCAAUAACCGCAACGGCGGAGGCGCUGGAGGCGCUGCCGGUGGAGCCACUGGGGGCAACGGUGGAGGUUUCGGUGCUGGCGGUGGUGGUGGCGGCGGUGGUGGCCGCGGGAACGCCGGAGGACGUGGCGGUGCUGAUCGCUUCGGCGGAGCUGGCGGUGGUGCUGCUGCGGGUGCUGGUAUGAGCCAGCGGGAUAACCUGUUCAUCAAUCCCUGGGCCAACGGAGGCGGCGGUGGCGGCGAUGUUGAUGGCUUCGGCAACAAUGGAGGCACUGGCGGCUUCUCAGGCAACAGCUUCGGAGGGGGCUCAGGAGGUCCCUUCGGAGGAGGCAACAGCUUCGGCAACAACGGUUUCGGAGGAGGUCCCGGGGACUUUGGCGCCAAUUCUGGAAACUUUGGCCAGAGCCAGGGCAGCAACAGCCUGCCGAGCCUGGGCAGCUUCGGCCAGAACCCGGGCGGCAACAACAGCCUGCCGAGCCUGAGCAGCUUCGGUCAGAACCCGGGCGGUGCUGGUGGACUAGGCAACGGCCUGGGCGGUGGUGGCGGUGCUAACAACGGGGGUGUCGCCCCGCUGGGCGGUGCUAACGGCGCUGGUAGCUUCAACGCCGGCGGCGGCACGAAUGGAGGACCCAACGGCAGCUCCAACACUGCCGCCAACAUACCGCAGGGCCAUGAUCCGAACAACAGCACGCAAGUCACCAUUCCAAAGGAGUUGGCUGGAGCUAUUAUUGGCAAGGGAGGCGGCCGCAUCCGACGCAUCCGAAACGAAUCCAGUGCAUACAUCACCAUCGAUGAGCCGCUGCCCAACUCGAACGAUCGCAUCAUCACCAUCUCGGGCACGCCCAAGCAAAUACAGAUGGCCCAGUAUCUGCUGCAACAGAGUGUGCACGAGAACGGCAGGCGAAACAUUUAAGUGGGCAACAACUUGAACACAGGAGCAGGAGCAGGAACAGGAACAGGAGCAACACCAUCGAAA